UAGUCACUCACCCAUCUCCUCUCUGCACCUGAUGCUUUUGCUUGAUAUACCGAGCAACCGUCCCACCUGAACUUGGUCUUUACCCUCUCGCGGCGUAGAAAAAGCUGUUGCACCACACGAUCGUUUUCGCUAUGUCUUCAGCCUUGAGCAUCGCCCCCAGUCAGCGGUUCGAAGGCAAUGACGGUGCCUGGUCGACUUUCAAUCUCUACGUCGGCACACCACCCCAGAUGCUAAGGGUUCUUCCAGCAACAUCGAUAAGCUAUGUUACACUCAUUAUGCGAACUGGAUGUGUCAACGUGCCCGUAUCAGCUUGCGAGAGUGCACGAGGUGGUAGCCCGUUGCUCUUCAAUUUUAGUACGAGUCUUACCUCCAGCAGGCUGUCUGCUCUUGACGGCUCUCGAAACUUCUUCCUUCCUUUCGAUUCUGAGCUUCCCCUUGGAGUGUUCGGAAUGAUACCUGCCGCGGUCGGACUGGACGCUGUCACGAUCGGUCCAAGCGUAUCAAAUCUCACGCUCACAUCCCAACUGGUCGCCGGCAUAAAUGCAGUCGACCCUUGGCAAGGCAUGUUCGGCCUCCGCAGCAUUAUGAAUCAUGUUCCUGGGCUAGAUUCCAAUUAUACCUCUAUAUUACAAGGAUUGAAGUCUGCCGACAAGAUACCCAGCUUGUUCUACGGUUAUACAGCAGGUGCGCCAUACACGGAUCGACAAGACUUUGGAAGUUUAACGCUCGGGGGCUAUGAUGCCGCUCGUGUGGACAUGUCAGCAGCGCUCUCUGUCAAUUUCAGCGACGAUCCAUUCGAACUCAGCGUGCUCGUCGACCGAAUCAAAAUCUCGAAUGGCAAUAUCACUCAUAUUUCGAUGGGAAAUGUUGCGUUGGUCGAUUCCGUUAUUCCGGAGAUUUGGUUGCCAGGCAGUGUUUGCGACCAGAUUGAAAACGCAAUUGGACUGGUCUACGACAACACGACACAGAUGUACCUGAUCAGCGAGAGUCAACAGCGGGUUCUACGAUCAACGAAUUUGACGUUCACAUUCACCCUCAGAAGUCCACAGAACCCAUCAGCAAUGAUUGAUAUCGUUCUGCCUUACGCAGCUUUCGAUCUGAGUGCAAGUUAUCCUGUAGCAGGGAUGAAAAACGCAUCUAGCACGCAGAGGUACUUCCCUAUACGGCGCGCAAAUUCGACAACGGGUUACUAUCUCGGCCGCACAUUCCUCCAGGAGGCGUAAGUACCUUUGAUUGCUCGGGCGUCGGCAAAUGCAAAGCUGAUCGUCUCCUUGAAAAGUUACCUCACAGCGGACUACGAACAAAAUGUAUUCACCCUCGGCCAGGUCAAAAGGCCGUCAGGGUCUGCACA